AUGAUCAAGUCAACAAAAUUAUUUAUCAUUCUUAUGGCUAUAAGCGCCGGAUUUGCAAUGGUUAGAGAACCUGCCAACUUAUCGCCUCCUUAUGAACCGUCUGAAAGUAUAAGCUCCGCCUAUGCUCCACGGCCCACUGGAUACCGUCCCCGUUACCAACGUGCCACUAAUUAUGAUUUCCCCUACAAACAAGCCGGGCUGGAUGAACUGUCAUUUGCCAAAGGAGUCUCUCAGAAUGAGGACUUCAAUUCUAUCAUCCAAAAACUCUCCAUGACCGCCCGUGUUGUCUCUGCUCUAUCUCUCCAGAAUGGUCUCUCGGAUGGCUCGAUUCCAGCCGAUGACGUCAUCGCAGAACUUCUCAACAUCGAAUCCGCUGAUUUGAAAGGACUGGAGACGUUUGACAAGAAGAAAGUCGAUGAUUUCGUGGAUAGCAUUUAUGGAGCGAAGUUGGAUGCUACUGCGGAGCCGCUGGAGCAACAUUUCAAAAAUGUUUUCAUGAUUCGGAAGAUUUGGAAUGAAGUCGGCGGAGAGAAAGUAUUGGACGGAUUGCCAGAUGAUGCCACGUACAAAGAGUUGGAGUCACUGAAAAAGUUGGAUGUCACUCCGUUGGCCUCGCUACCUUUGGAUCGUCUCAUCACACAGAUUUCCUCAUUUUCUACACUUAAUGAUGCAGCGAUUGAAACUCUGAAAUCUGAAUUAUCAAAGUAUCAGAAUGAUAUCAAUACCUUGGCGACAUCUUUCGACUUUUCAAAGUAUGUUGCAAUUCUGGAUCGUCUGAAACCAGUUGGAUCUCUUGCACAACUCGCGGAUAUUUAUGGAAAAUUGGGUUCAUUUCAUAUAACGCACAACCUAAAUGAAAUGAAUAGUGCUGUCUCCAACUUCAACAACUUGAAAACGAAAUCAUCGAAAUCUGAUUCCGAUGCUUCUGCCAACUCCAUGCGUUCCAUCAUACAUUCUCGAUUGCUCGCUAACUCAAUGACUCGAGUCCACUCGACUGGUUUUGUGAAUGGAUUCAAGGAUUUGGGAACAUUGAAAGACGACGUCAAGGAUCAAUGGCUACUGAACCAAAUUGAUCAAUCUAUCGAUAUCAAAGGAUUUGGAAAGUUUGAUCAGUUGGAAAGUCCCAUGAAACAACUGGAUAAAACUUGGACAAAGGUUUCCAAUGAAAAAGUGUACAACGUUGCCAAACGACUCGCAAGUGCUCAAACCCUUCUAAAUGCUCAAACUGCGACUGGUGUAACGCUGGCGAAUAUGCAAAGCAUAAUUCCUUCGAUUGAAGACUGCAAGAAAGCUAAAGUAUUCACUUCGGUCAGUCAAUACUGGGAACAAGUCUUCAAUCGAGCUGGAAUCCUGAGUAGAAAGUUGUCAACUCUCAACUUGAUACAUUCGACUGCAGCAAAGAUGAAAGAAUCGAUAAACAGUCUUUCGAAGAACACGUCGCCUGAAAAUGUUCAAUUGAUCUCUGAAUUCCUGCAAGGGCUCAAGUCGCAGUUGAGUAUUGUAACAUCUGCACCUGCCAUCAAAGAUGUUGAUAUGGAAACCUCAAAGGCCGUGCUCAUCGCUGAUAUAAAAUCUGACACUGCGGCACAACCUUACAUCGAGUCAUUCAACAAAUUUAAGGAGUUGGGAUCUGAACUUGUUACCGUCGCUCAUGCUGCUAUGGCUGUAAUCGAGAUUCGUGAGUUGAUAAAGGCCGGGGAUGUGACGAAGACGAUGAAGGAAGUGACAUUGGCUCUGUCCGAUUCAUCUGCCUCGUUGGCUUCAAUUCGGAAGAUACUGGGUACGUGGAAGGCCGAUCGCAAUGGUGGAGACAAGCAGCUGGAUGGAAAACUGAAAGAUCUGCCAAAAUUAGCAAGAUCAUUUGGAGAAGGUGUCAACGCGUUGGUUAUGGCAAAGAGGGCAUCCGAGAAAGAAGCAGAAUUCAACUUGUUAAUCAAAAACGGAUUCGAUAUGGAACCUGGAGUCAAAACAUUAAGUAAUCCGACUUUUUUCGAAGGAUUCAAAGCAAAAUGGGGAGAUUUCGAUGCAACGGCGAGUGGGAUCAUUACAAUGCUGGCUCGGAUUGAUGGCUGGAUGAGUAAAGUGAAAGCCGGAGAAAAUCAAAUGUUAUCUGAUUUCUCGCCGAUGUUCAGUGGCCUCGACAAAGUCGAUGAUGUGGAUUUGUUGACGGAUGCUCGCUUAUCGGCAAUUUCUCUGUUCGGGGCGGUUACAGCGCCUCCGGAGUUGAAAGACGUGCUUCCGGAAUUUAAGAAAUCCCUCUUGGAACUUUCUAAGCUCGAUCUGAAGUUCUCCCGAUUCCAGUCGUCACUCAAACAAAUGCCGGACACUCUCAAGCAAUUAUCAGCAGUACUGGGCUCAAAUUCACUUCAAUCAUCUACUACAGUACCCCAAGGAAUGGUUGGAAAAGAUGGAUCUGAUUCAGAAAGCUUCUGGAAAAUGGUUUGGCAAAUCGGCGGAGGCACAGUGUUCGUUCUUCUAAUCUGUUGCGUCGCUUUCUACAUAUUCUUGUUCUGUAAAAGAAAAGAUGAAAAGUUUGGGAAUUGGUGGAGGAAAAUGACAUGUGGAUGCUUUGAAAAGAAGAAUAAGAAUACAGAAGAAGUGUAUCCGGCUGCACCAGAGACUCCUGUUGUAACACCACAGGCCGACCCUGUCGAGGUGGAUGCAGUUGGAAAGGAGGAUGGAUCUGCCGAAGUGGCUGGAUCUAACGAAGUUGCGGUUGAUGCCGGAGGAGCUGUAGGAGAUGAUGACGGUGAAGUUGCCGGAGAAGAGGAAAAUGCGGGAGAAGCGGUAGGAGCUGGUGGAGCUGAAAUUGUCGGAGUCGCUGGGAAUGCUCGGGGACGUGGAAAUGGUCGAGGACGUGGAGCUGUCCGAGGACGUGGAAAUGGCCGAGGACGUGGAAAUGCUCGAGGACGUGGAAAUGCUCGAGGAGCUGGUGGAGCCGCUGGGAACGUCCGAGGACGUGGAAAUGCUCGAGGAGCUGGUGGAGCCGCUGGGAACGUCCGAGGACGUGGAAAUGCUCGAGGAGCUGGUGGAGCCGCUGGGAACGUCCGAGGACGUGGAAAUGCUCGAGGAGCUGGUGGAGCCGCUGGGAACGUCCGAGGACGUGGAAAUGCUCGAGGAGCUGGAAAUGCUGGAAAUGCCCGAGGAGCUGGUGGAGCCGCCGGGAAUGUCCAAGCAGCUGGAGCCGCUGUUGGAGCUGCUGCCGCUGGAAACGCCGAGGGAGCUGGAGGACAAGGGAGAUCCAGGAGCAGUUCGGCAAGCAGAGCACGGAGAGAAUCUGAUGCGAUGCGCACUACUGAACCACCAGUAGAUUAUAGUUAUGCGAACCAAACUCCAGACCGGCAUGAGCCGCCUUCUGUCACCGCGACCGAGAAUCCACAAGACACGCUGGAUGAAAUAAAGACCGAGUUCUCUGAUAAAGGACCCAAGAAACCCUCUUCGUCUGCCCCUCCCUAG